AUGUCUUCUCCGCGUGUACCGGCUACUCCCCGAGUCAUAUCGCCGUCGCCUACACCGUCAGACGCAUCAGAACAAGUAGAUGGAUACUUUGCUCCUGUGACGCGCUCGGCAGCUCGGCGGCAGCGUCUGAAUAAUGAUACCCAGUCCAUCCCCGAGGAGGACCAAAAUGAUGACUCUGACUAUCAAUCGCGAUCCGGUCCACGGAAUCCAUCGUCACGAUCCGGAGCACCAGGAACCGCCAGAAGGCGCGGCUCUACGAGAAAGACACCCAAACCAGCAAAUUCGCCGGUAGUCAAAUCACAGCCAUUAGUCGGGGCCAACGGUAAACAAUCAUCGUCAAACGGUUACCUCUCUCCAUACACAAGUCUACAGGACCGCUGGCGAGACCUGUCAAGGUCACCUUCACCACUGGGACUUAUACCGUUACAUCAAGAUUAUCGUGUUUUUAUCCACAAGCAUGAAAUACCGCGUAAACUACUGCAUGUUUCUAUCGGAUUCAUGACGUUGGAGUUUUACCGACGCGGUAUUCAAACGUUUGAAAUCACGCCGUGGCUGCUUUCUUUGCUCAUCCCUAUCGCUGCUACCGAUCUACUCCGACAUCGAUAUGAGCGAGUAAACCAACUUUACAUUCGUUCACUGGGCGCCCUCAUGCGCGAAUCCGAAGUCAAAGGUUAUAAUGGCGUUAUUUGGUACCUUCUGGGUGCAUUCAUUGUGCUGCGCGCAUUUCCCAAGGACAUUGGCGUUAUGGGAGUUUUAUUAUUGAGCUGGUGUGAUACCGCUGCAUCCACUUUCGGUCGUCUGUAUGGCAAAUACACUCUCAAAUUACGCCAAGGAAAGAGUCUUGCCGGCACAGUCGCCGCGUUUUUCACUGGUGUAGCCACUGCACUCUUUUUCUGGGGCGCAUUUGUCCCUAGCGUUGGAGCAUUCCCUAACGACCCCGAAGAUGCUUUCAUGUUCAGGGGUCGACUCAACUACUUCCCAGAGUCGAUCAGGAACCUAAUAGGUUGGGCCGGCAGUGAUGAUCAAAGCAGUAUCAUCACAGGCCCCUUGGCGCUUGGUGUUAUGAGCGUUGUUUCCGGCAUCGUUGCUGCCGGAAGUGAAUUUGUUGAUCUUUUCGGUUGGGACGAUAAUCUUACCAUACCCGUAUUGAGUGGGUUAGGGUUUUGGGGAUUUCUCAAGUUCUUUGGUUGA